ACUCCUUCAUUCUCAUGCCCUUAAAAUAUUACUACCCACCGACUGCAUCAAUCAGUCUGUGCUCAGCGUUCACCGGAGAAACACUAAAAGACAGGUCUUUAAUUUCGCGCUCCGAUAGCCGUGUAAAAUCAAGUGGAUAUAAUCACCUUCCUAGUCUGGGAUGCUGAAAGACAUAAUCUUUGUAAAAGGUGAUCCGGCAAAUCUGUGCGUUGCAUAUAAAACAUUCAACUCUAUUUGACAAACCACAUUCUAAAAAGGGUCGCGGUUGCUGUGACUAUUGCACUUUUGAUAUUUUAUGAAUGGAAUCGAAUGCUGCAUUUCGAUCUCAUGUACCGUUGCGAAUACCUCUCUUGAUUCUUUAUCGGAAAUACCUGCAUUUUUCUUAACGAAUUGUAGAAGUCAAAUUUUACGCCAUGUGAGCAGACUGAAAAGCAAGUGACGCUUUUAUUCUCCAUUUCCCGUCAGAUAUUCCGGAGACGGCAUCGUGGUGGAGCGAAAAUCUGAAAUAUACGCUAAAAGCACGUACAGUGUUACAUUUCAUGCCAAAGGAUAGCAAACCUGACAAAAUGAAAGACGCGAGGUAGGAAUGCAGAAUUAUUCACUUUGAGUUAAUUCUUACGGCCGUUGGCUCUAUAAAAAAAAGUAAAAACCGAUGGUACCCUGGGAGAAGGGGUCUUCGUCUUUAGUAGAUCAUGAAGUAAUCUGAUGUUGAGCUACUGCUCGGAGGAGUCAUUUAAAGCUCGGAAGCACCACCGCAAGCCUUAUCACUUUAUGCUUACCCCUCGCGGCGGAGUUUAGGGGACUGCGAUUUGACAACUCAACCUGAUAACGGUGCGCAAGCGUGAGAUUGUACAUGCCAGCUGCAGUGUGAUGCUAUGAAUGUAUGGUAUGGCUGGCGGGUUGGGAGCAAAUCACAUAUACAUAACCAAACACUCGAACACGUGGGGUAAAUAGGACUAUUAUUACUCGUCUUUGCUCUCCUGCCGCUCCUCCAUGCGUGGGUGAAGCACCUUGCAAGGUACCCGAUUUACCUGUAACGACAUCGCUGCAUUAGGAACCUUACCUGGGUGGAUAAAAAAAUGGGAGAUGAAAAGGAAACCGAGUACAUGUCUGUUGCCGUGGAGGAGCCUGGGAAAAAGACAGCCAACAGCACAAACUCAAGAGGCAAACCUACAUCGAUUAGGGCUCAUGGUGUUAAGUGUGUGAAAAAGCGCACCACCCUGGAAAAAUUCCUCCUCUUCCUUCUCCUCAUCGUUCUCUUCUUCGUUCUCCUUCUCAUCAUCGUUCUCGUGACAAAGAGCAGAAAAGGGUCAAACUUAUGUCUCUCUAUAGACUGCGUAGCAGCAGCGGGGGCGCUGAUAGAAAAUAUGGAUUUCGAGGCAGAUCCUUGUCAAGAUUUUUACCAGUACUCAUGCGGGGGAUGGAUGAAGAAAACAACUAUACCAGAGGAGGAGAACCAGGUGACAGUACUAGGACAACAGCAAGAUAAACUUCUAGUAUUAACAAGAGGUUUAUUGGAAGAACCCUCUGUACCAACAGAAAACGAAGCAGAGUCGAAAGUAAAACAUUUAUAUGAAGCCUGCAUAGACGAAGCUGCUGUUAUCAGGAGGGACGUCGAACCGCUCCUACAGUUUGUUGAUGAUCUUGGAGGAUGGCCGAUUGUCAGUGACACUUUCGACGAGGAAAACUGGAUUCUUGAAGAAGUUCUUGCCCGAAUUCGGCAAUUCCACAACACAAAUUACCUGUUUAAACAUCAAUUAAUGAAGGAUGUCACAGAGUCCAGCCAGACGCUAAUUUUCCUAGAUCAGCCUGAUCUUGGAAUGAAAUCAAGGGAAGACUUCCUCAGAGAUAAAUCUGACAGGCUGGUGAGUGCCUACAUAGCCUACAUGAAAUCAAUCGUGAAGGAACUAAGACCGGAGCUGAAUGACUCCUACAUCGCACAAGAGAUGAAUGCAGCUUACGACUUCGAGAGAGAAAUUGCCAACGCCUCGUUACCAAAAGCACAAAGAAGGAAUUACCUGGAGAUAUACAACAAAACAACGAUACAGAACCUAGGGAAAAUGGCUCCGCAAAUCGAUUGGUUUAGGUAUCUCUCCUUAGUCUUCGACGAUGGUACUCUCACCGAGUCAGAACAGUUCAACACAUUAAAUCUGCCUUAUCUAAUACAGAUCGCCGAUGUAGUUUCAAGAACUCCAAAAAGGGUGGUGGCAAAUUUCUUGAUGUGGAGGGUAACCAUGAGAAGCAUGGAUUAUCUAUGCCCAAGGUUACUUUAUCAUCGGCUGGAGUACCGUAAGGUGGUGGACGGCGACAGGGCUGCCGAACCCCGGUGGAAGACCUGUGUUAAACGGUGUAAAGGACUGAUGAGUAGCGCUGUCGGGGCCAUGUUCAUCCGGAGACACUUUGAUGAACAAAGCAAGAUAGAGGCCAAGAUGAUGGUUCACGACAUCCGGGGAGUUUUAUUGGAUACUUUAGAAGAUACUGAUUGGAUGGAUGACGACACCAAACAAGAAGCCGUUGCAAAGGCAACCGCAACCUACGAUCUUAUUGGAUAUGAUGAAAACCUUAAAAACAACGAAUCCGUGAAUAAAGAAUUUAAAGAUGUGAACAUUACCAGACACAAUCACUUUGAGAAUAUUGUGGAGCUAUGGAAAAAUGGAGCCAGACAAAUGGUGGCCCAACGAAAAACAAAAUUUGAUGGACGAGAAGAUUUGGAGUCACCAGUAACGGUUAAUGCAUACUACCUGAAUAACUACAAUAGAAUGUAUUUUCCUGCUGGAAUAUUACAACCUCCAUUCUACUUUAGACACAAUUUGAAAGCUAUGAAUUAUGGUGGUAUCGGGAUGGUGAUCGGACAUGAAAUGACACAUGGCUUUGAUAAUACAGGUCGAUUAUUUGACAAGGAAGGUACCUUACGUACUUGGUUCUCGUCUGGAUCGAUUGAAGCAUUUAAUGAAAAGAAGCAGUGUUUGAUCGACCAAUACUCAAACUUCAGCACAGAGGUAGAUGGCAAGAUGAUACAUCUUGAUGGCUCACUGACGCAGGGUGAGAUCAUCGCUGACAAUGGAGGUCUAAAACAAUCCUACGAGGCAUACAGAAGAUGGGUGAAAAGACGAGGAGAGGAAGAGCCACAGUUACCUGGACUAGGUCUUACCAACGAUCAGCUCUUCUUUCUCAACUUUGGUCAGAUCUGGUGUAGCUUGUACAGGCCAGAGGCACUCAAACAAAUCCUUGCAUCAAGCAUCCAUCCACCUCAGUACUUCAGGGUACGAGGAGCAAUCACUAACUCUCCGUCAUUUGCCGAGGCAUACAAAUGCCCCGUCGGCUCUCCCAUGAAUCCCAAAAAGAAAUGUUCCAUGUGGUGAAGAAUGGCAAGUUUACACCGUUAAGUAUAUCUUCUAUCGUUUCAUCCGGAUCAUCAGUCGUACCAGAACAAAAAGAACACAUUGUGUGUUGGCGACGAUUUUGGAGAAUUCCAAAACAGAUAAUUCCAGAAUAGUAUACAGUUACGAUGCAACGUAAACAUAUUUAGUGGUUUGAGCAUUGGCUGAGGAGCAUCGUACGAACAUUCUUGUAACUCAUCAUAAUUAUGUUCUUCAUUCCUAUCAGUGUCGGUAUUAAAGAAGCAUUUUAAUCAUUUAUUGUCACCAAACAUGAUGGCAUUUCGGAGAGAU